CCUGCUCCCAUUCUUCUUCAAUCCACAAAAUCAUUAAUCUUCUCCUCUCAUCAAAAUGGAUAAGAAAACAUGCUGCAAUAGUAGCUCUUAUGAUCCUGAGAUCAGGAAGGGACCUUGGACUAUGGAGGAAGACUUGAUUCUCAUCAACUACAUUGCUAAUCACGGCGAAGGUGUCUGGAAUUCUCUGGCUCGAUCCGCAGGUCUCAAGCGUACCGGUAAGAGUUGCCGGCUCCGGUGGCUGAACUACCUUCGACCGGACGUCCGGCGGGGCAAUAUUACGCCGGAGGAACAGCUAUUGAUCAUGGAGCUUCAUGCUAAGUGGGGAAACAGGUGGUCAAAAAUUGCUAAACAUUUACCCGGAAGAACGGAUAACGAGAUAAAAAAUUUCUGGAGGACUAGGAUACAGAAGCAUCUGAAGCAAGAAGCAGCAACAAAUGAGAGUACUGUAAUUAGCGGGCAGGGUUCCUGCGACAAAACCGAUCAAGUAAGUAGCACGAGCGCAAGCCAACUCUCUUCAAUAGGGCAAGGGGACAUCUACUCUUCACCGCAAUCGUCCUUCGUUUGUAAUAUGGAGAUCGAGACCGGUUUUCAAGGUCAUCAUUUCCCCUCUCAUGAAUAUUCCAACGACGCCGUUUGGGGCAUGGAUGACAUCAGCUGGUCCAUGCAAAUUCUCAACGGAGAUUAAUUAAGCUGGCCGGAUGUAAGGUUGUCAAGUACAUUGAGCACUGCAGAAUUAUAUAUAUUUCACCAUACAUAUGAUUACGUCUGUUAUAUAUGCCCAGUACAGAUAUACGACGUCGUACUAUAAUGUAUACAUGACCAUCAUCCCAUAUUUGUAUACCUCUAUAUAAAUAUAUGGAAGUGUUAUCUUAUGUUUAA